AUGGUGUUGUCCCUGAUCUUCCUAACCAACGCGCCUGUUUCUGCAUUUGGUCCCUUCAUUGCCCGGGGGUUCGUGAAGAACCCAAAUCUUAGCUGGAGAUGGUGCUUCUACAUUAAUAUCAUAACCGUUGGUCUUGCUAUCGUUCUGCUAUACUUGUUUUACCACCCGCCCACUUUUGAGCUUCUUCAUGCCCGAAAGACAAAGCGUCAACUGCUCAAAGAACUUGACUACAUUGGGAUCUUCCUCUGGACUACUGGCCUGACUCUCCUGUUGUUGGGUGUUUCUUGGGGAGGGGUGAUGUUCCCAUGGGGCUCGCCAGCGACCAUCUCGAGUUUAACCAUGGGUACCGCGCUUCUCGUGGCACUCUUCUGCUGGGAAGCGUUCGCCAACCUCAAGUAUCCUGCUAUUCCUGUCAAGUUCUUUUCCAACCGGGGCUUCAUGUCACUCGUCUGCUGCGCGACGGUUGCCACCAUGUUCUACUACUCUGCCGUCCUCCUCUGGCCGCAACAGGUUCAGGCGCUUUACACAACAGACAUCACCUACGGCGGUUGGCUUUCGUCAACGGUGGCGAGUUCGACAGCACUUGGCCAAGUUUGUGCGGGAGGGAUUAUCAAGUGGGGAGGCAACGUCCGGUAUUGGAUUAUCUUCGCGACGUUUGCCAUGGUUGGCUUUGUCGGUGCCCUCGCGUCCCUGACACCCGAGACGCUGAACCUCGGCAUUGCCCUCACGAUCUUGGGGCCUUUUUUCGUCGGCUUCAUCGAACUCACAUCCCUUGCUCUGGCCCCCCUGUUCUGCAAGCCCUCAGACAUUGGCCUCGCGUCGGGUCUCUUGGCCUCGAUCCGCUCUGCUGGCGGUUCGAUCGCCGUUGCCGUCUACACCACCAUCCUGUCCAACCGUCUCGCUACCGAGAUUCCCGCAGCCAUUAAUGGGCCAGCUAGUGCUGCUGGCCUGUCCCAGAGUCAGCUUCCAGCUCUUGCCAAGGCGGCGCAGGCAGGGAAACUGGCAGCCUUUCCCGGCUUGACCAGCGCCGUGAAAGCUGCUGUGGUGAGAGUAUUACCCAGCGCCUACACAAAGGCCUUUGAGACUGUAUAUCUAGCAAGUCUGGGAUUCGGAGCUAUUGCCAUAGUCGGAUGUCUGUUCGCAAAAGACGCACAGAAGCACAUGACAAACAAGGUCGAGAGAAGGAUGGGCGAUGGGAAAAGUUCCUGA